AUGGGACGUACCCCUCAGCACCUACGACGGGGCAUGCUCCCAGCAGAAGCCAGCGGAAUCACUGUGACGCGGCGCGUCUCAGACAGCGACCCAUCAGUCUCUCUCAUCAGCACAUUCCGCAACACCUGGCUCUACCGCACCUACCACAACAACUCCGACCCGCAAACUGGCAUCACACGCGCCCACCCAAGUGGGAUUCCGCGCCCGCGCGCCUCCGACCCAGACCAUCUCGAGCGCGUGGCACGUGCUCUAGAGUCGGUGAUCCUACAUGACAGAAACGACACGCGUGACGAAUACGAGAGGGACAGACUUGACGUAUACGGGCUGCCAGGAGCCUCCGUCGAACGCUGCAUUUCGCACCAGAGCAGCGAGAUCGCCGCGCGCGAGGCACAAGCCUCCAAGGAAUGGCAUAUCCAACGGUAUGACAUCGGCGGAUCGAGCUGGCGCAGCGCUCUGGUCGUUGUCCGAGAUGUGGAUCUGGAGAACACGGAGAACCACGUGGUUGGGCUAUCGACCGUCUACUUCGACCGUGUGAGGGAGGAUGGGGAGCGUCCUGGUGAGCCGUACUGGGAACGACAGGCGGAGAAUCUCAAUGAUCAGUGGGUGCUGAUUCAUGAGCUCAAGCAUAUGCUUAACUGGCAGCAUAGUGCUUCGCAGUUUGAUGGUGAGGGUGAGCGGUAUUAUGAUCAGGGAGAGGGUUAG